AUGGAAAAUCGUUCGUCUCUUUCAACUCUCUUCUUGCUAGCGCUGAUCUGUGCUUCUUCAGUGGCUGCAGCAACAGAUCAAUUCACCAAGGCUUUGAAUGCUUCGUGUCACAAGGACGACCUCAAGGCCUUGCUCGACUUCAAAUCCACUAUCACUAUCAGCUCGGGGAGGCUCAAGGCCUGGACAGGCAAACAGUGCUGUUCAUGGCCAACUAUCAGGUGUAACAACAAGACUGGAAGAGUCAUCUCCUUGGAGAUCAUCGAUCCUUACGAUGCCGGCGAUUCCAUCGGCUACGAAAGUGCUACCGGAUCGAUCUCUCCCUCGCUCGGUAUGCUCUCCUCUCUCGAGUCCUUGGCACUUUCUUCGCUAGUUGGUCUUUCCGGGGAGAUCCCUGCUUCCAUCGGCAAAAUCUCGACGCUCAAGAGGCUUUUCCUCGAUGGAAACAACCUGACUGGUCCCAUCCCGGCAGCCAUUGGCGCUCUUUCCAGGCUCACGCAGCUCUACCUCGAGGGGAACAAGCUCUCUCAAGCAAUUCCUUUCGAGCUCGGCUCGCUGAAAAAUCUCCGGGAGCUUCGUCUCGAGUCCAACCAGCUAACAGGCAGCAUACCAUCCUCGUUUGGCGACCUUCGCCGUCUCGAGAAGCUGGAUAUAUCAAGCAACAGGCUUACCGGCUCCAUUCCAGGCUCGAUCGUCUCCAUCUCAACGCUGAAAGAGUUGCAACUGGCUCACAACAAGAUCGCUGGUCCUGUUCCUUCGGACCUUGGGAAGCUAUCUUUGUUGGAAGUGCUGGAUCUCUCCGACAAUCAGCUCACUGGAAGCCUGCCUUCGUCGCUCGGCAACUGCAAGUCACUACGAAAUCUCUGGCUGUCGGAAAAUGAGCUAAGUGGUACCAUUCCGGUUUCAUGGGGGAGCAGCAGCCUCGUCAACUUGAGCGUCAUCGACUUAUCCUUGAAUCAGCUCACCGGUGAAGUUCCAAGCUCCUUGGGGUCGCUCCGCAGCCUUGCAGACUUUAACAUCGCCCAUAACAAGCUGGCUGGAAGCUUUCCCGACCUCUCCAAGACGCAGCUCGCCACUCUCGACCUGUCUUACAACCAAUUUCAUCUCCACACCGUCCCGGGCUGGCUGUCAAAACUGCGUGCGAAUUACUUCCGGCUCUCUCUCGCUUCCUGUGGCAUCGAGGAGCUGCCAUCUUUUCUCUCCCAGCUCAACUUGGGCGUCCUCGAUCUCUCCAUGAACACCAUCAAAGUGAGACAGCUCCCAACGUUAUCGAGCAGCUUUUCUGGAUUGUACCAUCUCAACCUGUCGUUCAAUCCUCUGGCCGUCCCGCUGAGCAGUGACAUCAGCAAGUACUCCGUCUUGACUCGACUGGAUCUUCGCUCAACGAGGUUGUCCGGCUCGGUAAGUCCAAUCUUCUCUUCUAACUCGUCAUUUCUAGAGUUCGUGGAUCUUUCCGACAACCAGCUGGGUGGUCAGAUCCCUCCACCUCCGAGUAGAACCCAGGACAGCUGGUCCUACCUCAAUCUAUCGAAGAACAAGCUCACGGGUAGCAUUCCGAAAGAGAUAGCCAACCUCAAAGUGAUCAAGACGCUUGACCUCUCGCACAACCAGCUCCAAGGUGGCAUUCCUGCAAGCGUCGGAAACUUAACGUCGCUGGAGUCUCUCGACUUGUCAUCGAACAAACUCACCGGUGGAGUUCCUGAGUCGUUGCUGAAGCUGCCCAGCUUGCGAUUCUUGAAUCUCUCGAGCAACUCUCUAUCGGGGAAAAUACCACAGGGACCGAAGAUCCGCAGCUUCCCAGCUGCGGCAUUCACAGACAAUCCCGGACUGUGUGGCACUCCGCUUCCACCAUGCAAGAAAGUGUUCUGA